AUGGGCAAAUUUCAGUCGAAAUUUGGUGAGAUUUGGAAACGCGAAUUAUUUUUUCCACAUUAAAAAUCGGUUGCUUUGUGUCUCUUUCGGCUAAUAUGUGCUCUUUCUACAUAUUUUUCAGCCCCAAAGCGAAGGCAGAACCCUGAAGGUAAGUUAAGUUUUAUGAAAAACGAUACAGAUGAUUUUAAGUCGCUUUAACUCUUUUACCUGUGAGUGUUCAAGUUUACAUUGUUAUCAUGUUUUACAGGUGAUAGUUUGACAUCCAAUGUGCUGAACUGUCAACGAAAGCUGGAACAAAUCCACAUCUACAAACUGUCAGAGGUACUGAAAUAGUUUUUUUAUUUAUUCAUUUAAGUAUGCAUUUAUUUUGAUUUUUGUAUUUAUUCUCCAAAGUUGGUAAAGUAGCAUACAGCCUGUUCAUCCUCUGCUUACACAACAGAUCCCAUGAUUUUGAAUCCUUGGUUUAGCCUGUAACACACUACAGUGGUAUAAAGAUAAUAUAAUGUGAGAUGAGAGUGAAAAUAAAUCAGCAACUUCAGUCAGGUUUGUGACAAUGGAAGUCAAAUUUACCCACUAAGAUCAUUUUAUUUCAAUAAUAAUAUGUCAGAAAUUAAGAAAAGAAAGAUUUGGGUUUGUCUGUUUGAUAGUUCACUUCAUUCACUUUCAGACUUUGGUGAGAAUGCCACAUAUACAAACACUUGUAAAAAAAUGAUUUGAAAAUACUGAGAUGAGUUUUAAAAGCUUUGAAUACAAAUUUAUUUCAAAAGCAGGGUUUUCCUCUAGAAUUUUCCCUUAUUAGUAACAAAGCUGUGUAAAAAGUCUGUCUUAUUGCAAUCCUCUCAAGCUGUUUUUGAGAUGAACAGCCUCUGCUUCAUUGCAGUCAGGAGACAUAAAAGGUGUUUGAAGGCAGCAGCAGUAUGUUUUUUCUUCCGCCCUUCCUCCUCCAGCUCUAUAAAGAGAAAUCCAAGCCUGUGAAGUUCAACACCGCCUCCCACUCAAAACAGCAAGGUCUUUAUAUCCAAGUUCACCAGGAAAAAGUGGCUCUACAUCUGGAACUGCUUUUCCUUUCCAGACUGAGGGUGGGAGAGGGGGGAAAAGAUGUGGGGAGGAGGUAUUUGGAGCUGGAGGUGGAUGGGUGUGUGACUGACUGUGUAAACGGCAUCACAUGCAGACUGUUUUAAUGAUGCGGUCACACUUUAGGGCUCAGACACUAUCCUUAAGAAAAAAAUUGCUCAUUUGGUAAUGCCAACAAAACACACUGAUAAGAUCGAGAUAUUAAAACUAAAGCAUGUCACAGUUGUUGGAUGUGCGUCCAAAGAUCACAGGAUUUGCUUGUAGGAACAGAAAAUUCAUUUCCACCCGUGAAAUGUGCUUCAUAGCAGACAGCCUUUUCACUCUUAGUCAGCUUGUUUGAUCUUUUGGGUGAAAAAUGAAGUAUAAAUUGAUAUCGUGCUGUGUGGAUGUUCUGGAAAGUUGCUCUAUUUGGAAAAUGAUUUUUACUUAACCAAGGUGUGAAAGAAUUUUGUGCCCGCUAAAGUCCUCCUGUUAUUAGAUUUUCCAGCUUCAUAUAGUUCAAUCCUCCAUGACAUCACUGCUGUGAACUGCAAGUAAUUAGGGGUCUUAUUAUGUGACACAGCUUGAAAGGGAUUUAUUCUUUUCAUUUCAUUCAAGUCUCUGUUUUUCUCUCUUACGUUUAUGUAUAUACAAUUUUUUUUUUCUGCAGAACUUGUACGUAGAAGUGAAGGAAAACAAGUCUGGCAGUAGCAGCAACCUCAAAGGUGAGUUGUGUGCAUCACAUCAACCUUUGCACUGCACUGUUAGCAGCUAAAUUUUUACUGUGUACUGUAUUAGUGCGUUUAAGGUCAGAUGCAUAGACUUUUAUCGGUGAUUCCUUCAGCAUUUGUAGAAAAAAAAACAGAGAAAUUUAACACCUUGUUUUGUUUUUACAUGGAAAAGCUUUAGUCUUAAGAUGUAGUUAAUUCAGUUCAGGUUUUUGUCUCCUCUGCUCCAGAACAUAUGUAGAAACAGAGGAAUAAUAAUUGUCAUUUAAGAAACAACAGCAGGUUUACUCAUUGUUACUGUGAUUGUGCUGUUUUAAAGUGUCUCUCCCACGGAAUAAAAUGCCUAAAGAAAGUCCCAACAUCCACCCCCAUGUUAAAAACCAGGCAAAGAAAAGGAGCAGCCAUGUUGGUAAUGUGAGUAUAUCCUCUAUUUUUCUGACAAAUUUACCUUCAAACUUCAUUAAACAAUAGUUUUAGAGCUCUCUGAAAAUCUUGAAGUACCAGUGUGUCUAAAUAAUUGUAGUUUUGAUAAUCCUGAGAUAUGUCUGUGGUUUUACUGUUAACGUCAACACUGACUCUCCGCAAAUGACUGUACGCUUUAAUUACACCCAAUAAACUGCAGUUAAAUGUUUAAUGAUGGAAUAAAUGCUCAUGUUGCUAACAUUUUAAACACGUACAGGUCACAGAGCCAAAUGAGGAUGCUCAGCAGGAAUGGGUUUUCAUACUCUACAACUCUCAAAGCGAAAGGGUUGGUUUCCUCCAGCAUAUUGUUUAACUUACCGUAAGCUGUUUACGUGCACAGUUUGUUUACUGUUGUGCAUAUGAUCUCUAGGAUAAGUCCAGCCUUAAACACUCCAUAAAUGAGGUUUUAGAGGCUUCGGUCAAGCAGCCCAACAGUGCAACCUUCCCCAUGAGGAUAAAGCUGGUUGUGUUGCCAUCAUCUCACCCAGAGAAGACCCCACAGACAGGUAAGAAGUUUUUGUUUUCCACCUGAAAACACUAAAGAGUCUUAUUGUGCAAAAAUCUCUGAAUGACUAGAACAGAGGUGCUACUUUUUUAGUAAAAACAGCACCAGAGAAGGAGGUGAAUAUAUCUCAGGAGGCUCCAGUCAGAGGACGUCAAUGUGUGGAUGAAAACAGGGAGCGCAGGAACCACUACAUGGAUCUGGCUGGCAUUGAGAACUACUCCUCCAAAUUUGAAGAUAAAGGUAGUGAAAAUUCUCUGUAUUGUUCUGGCUAAUGUAAAGCACUUUCUUGCAAGAGCUUCAAAGUAGAUUUAUAAAAAGGUAUUUUACCCCCUUCUUUCCAGGGUCUCCCUCUGUAAAGCAUAGACACUCUGCUCUUCAGCACCACCCUGCAGUGAUCAGAGAGAACUGCACCCCCUCCGACUCCAUCACCGGCUGCUCCAACCCAUGUUCCCCAAAAAACAAAACCACACCUGUUGUUAAAGACAAAAAUGGAGGAGAGAGAAAGCUCCACAAAUUACACAGCAAACAUCCUGCUUCACGCUGCAGUCAUGACUUACACUCUCAGCCUGCAGUACAGUACACUCACAACAAGCGGAUCCGAUCAGGGGUGCCGGAUGCUGCCUACAUCCCGUACUCCUCACGUGGAGCUCUGACUUCUCCAUCUAAGAGACAUGAGCACCAUCACCAGCAUGAGCACCACCAUCAUCAUCACCACCAUCACUACCACCCUUCAUAG